AUGGAAAAGACACCCACGACCACGGCCGAGGACCGGCCUGCUACCGCAAAGUCGGCCCAUCCGACAAUCAAGACGGGCUCCAACGUCCCCAAUAUGAACGGGCCGCUUUACAUGCAGACAUCGGGCUCCAGCGCCGUCCUCGUUCGCAGGCUGAAGCGAAAGGACGAAGGCAGCUGGAAGCAGCUGUCGCGCUGGUUUGUCGAGAACCAAAUUGGCCUCUCCUCUAACCUCCUCGCCCUGCUCUUCCUCGCCCACGCCUUUAUCCCCAAGGCCCGCACGCAUACCAACAAAUUCUUCCACCUCUCGUAUUUCAACCCCGAGUCUGGCAACUAUGCCAUUGGCGCCGAUGAUGCCUACCUCAUCUCCUUCUUCAUCGUCCUCUUCACUGGCCUCCGCGCUGGCUGCAUGGAGUACAUGCUUGCGCCGCUGGGCCGCUCUCGUGGUAUCACCAAGCGCAAGGACUUGACUCGAUUCACCGAGCAGGGUUGGCUUUUUGUCUACUACAGUGUCUUUUGGACCAUGGGUGCUUACCUCUACUACAAGUCCCCUUACUGGCUCAACAUGCGUGAGCUUUGGACCAACUGGCCCAACAGAGAGAUAGACGGCCUCAUGAAGGGCUACGUUUUGGCCCAGUGGGCCUUCUGGCUCCAGCAAAUCAUCGUCAUCAACAUCGAGGACCGUCGCAAGGAUCACUGGCAAAUGUUUAGCCACCACAUCAUCACAACCAUCCUCAUCUCCUCUUGCUACUGCUACCACCACACCCGUGUCGGUCACCUCAUUCUGGUCAUCAUGGACGUUGUUGAUCUAUUCCUUCCGGCUGCCAAGUGUCUCAAGUACAGCGGCUUCACUAAUGCAUGUGACUACGUCUUUGGCCUAUUUAUGGUUUCAUGGUUUGCGGCGCGUCACGUCAUUUACAUGAUGGUUUGCUGGUCAAUCUAUGCGCAUAUUCCUGAAGUCUUGAAUUACGGGUGCUACACCGGUAGCAACGCCAAUCUCGUCGGCCCUCAGGAUCCUCCCAAGGGUCUAGGCCAUCUUCUCGAACCGUACUACAACAGCACCGGCCGUGUCUGCUUCAACAACGCUAUCAAGUGGGCUUUCCUCACCCCGCUUCUUGCCUUGCAGGUCAUUACCAUUAUCUGGUUCACUAUGAUUGUCCGCGUCGCCAUGAAAGUUCUGCGCGGCGACGGCGCCGAGGACUCGCGCAGCGAUGACGAAGAGGACGAAGAGGAGGAGGAGGAGCUGGAGGAAGAGUUUAUCUACGAGGAGGCCCUCGAGGAAGAUGUUGGCGUCGAGGCGCUUGACUUUAAGAGCUGGGAGCGCCGGUCCGGCAUCAAGCGACAGGCUAACAGCUCUGGCGUUAGCCUGCCCGGACACAGCGACCGCAAGGAGCUUCUGGGCCGCAUUGGCUGCGACAAGCAACCCGAGUAA